AUGCUCAUCUCAACACGCUGCAGCCCUGCUUCUGACCCUGCCAAGCCGGCCUCCGCCACGACUCCCCACUCCUCCGGAGCCGCCUCUGCACCUGUCGUCGCCUGGACUGGGAACUGUGGCUGUGGAGGAAGCUACAACGCUGUGUGCGGGCAUCACGUGGGCCUCAGCACGCAGAACGGUGCCACAGACUACCUGCCCGUUUCUAUAUCUGAAAGUGGCACCAGCAGCUGUUGGGGGGACGAGUGUCCCGAAGACGCUCCCCGGAGAGCGAAUGCCCGGAGCCCACCUGCAGGGUCCCACUCAGCCCUGGCAUAG